UGUAAAUAAGGAACAUUAUAAAUCUUGUGAAAUUGUGGAUGAAAUAAUAAUUUCUCAAAUAGAAUCAUAUGAAACUCAAUCUGAAGAAAAAAUAAUGAACAAAGAGAUAGAAACUAGUGAGGAAGAAAGUGAAAAAUUAGAGGUAUUUGAAUCAGCAUCAACAAGCAAAGAAUCUGAAGACGAUGAGCUUGAUGAGCUUAUAAAAAAUUUGAAUGAACUUCAAUUAAAUAAAAGAAAAAUAAAUAGGUUUGUUCCUGUACAUAAAAGAGAAUCAAAGUUGUCUAAGAAAAAGAUGGAUAAAGUUUCAAAAUUUACUCAAAAUAUUUUAAAAAGCGGUACACAAUAUAUAGACUUUUGUAUUAAACAGAGUAAAAAAUAUAUAUACAAUAUCAGUAGCAGCAAACUAGCUCAUAUAAACUUGAACAUGAAUUUCAUAAUUAAAACUGAUGAUAACCAGUUCUGUUUGCUCUGCAACAAUCAAUUUUCCAGUGAAUCAUAUUUUAUUAUGGAACAUAUUUUUGGUAAAGAACACAUUGAAAAUAUGCAGAAACAGAAUAGCAGCGUGAUGAAAACAGAAAAUGCAUCCAACAUAUCUGAUGAUAAUUUAAAAUUAAUUGCUAUACCUUAUAUUUUAAAAACUACAAAUGAAUCUUUUCACUGUCAUGCUUGCAAGAAUGAUAUUACAGAGCACAAGGUUUUUGAUCAUUCUCUAAAUCAGUAUCAUAUACUAAAAUGCAGGGAUUUGAAAAAUAAUGCUAGUGAUACUCUUAAGAAAAUCAUUGCUCUCUUGAAAGAUACAUGGUACUACACUCAAUUUUUUGCUUGUACAGUGUGUGAAGUGGAAUACCAAAUGGAGAUUGAUUUUGUCGAACAUUUAAAAAAUAAAAAACAUUGUAUAGAAGUAGAAAAAUGUAUUGCAAAAGGUGACAUACUAGAGUUUCAUAUAUGUUUUGCAUGUGUCACAUGCAUUUAUGGAGAUAUCAGUAAAUAUUAUGAUCAUUGUGAAGAUAUUUUUCAUAAACGAUACCUAACAAAGGGUGACUACAAGAUUUCAAAAAUGAUGCCUCCCUUAAUAGGUUUAUUAAAUGAAAUAGAAGAUAAAAAGCAAAAAAUAUUGAAUGAAUCAGAUUCAAUUAUUUUAGAAAGCCCAAAAGAAAGAAGUUUAUUAAAAGCUGUUGAAAAAGUUGUUGAAAGUGUUUAUCCUACUGCUACGGCAUAUAAAUUUGGUUCAAGAUGUUCUUAUACAGCUCUCUCUAAUAGUGAUGUAGAUAUUUUUUUAGACUGUGAUGAUAUGUAUAACAAAAAUUUCAAUGCUGAAUCAUGUAAAAAAUAUUUAUCAUCAGUGAAAGAAUGUUUUGAAAAUCAUAAAGAUAUAUGGUAUAUAGAAGAAGUAUUGUAUGAUACAAGGGUCCCUAUUAUCAAACUACGGCAUUAUCCUACUGAUUUUAAGUGUGAUAUUUCUUUUUCAAAUGGUCUGGCUCAUAGAAAAUCUAAACUUGUUAGAUAUUACAAUGAUGCUUACGGAAUUUGUAGGGAGCUUAUUUUAUAUCUUAAAAAAUGGGUGACUUUUUCACAAUUAUCAGGCUCAGAAGGUAUUUCAACUUUCACUGUAUCAUGGCUAGUCAUUUUUUACUUACAAUUCAUAGGUGUAUUUCCAAGUGUAUAUGAGUUAAUAAAGAGUCAAACUCGUUCAAUGAUUAUUGAUGGUUGGGAAUGUGGAUACAAAGAAUAUUUUGAUGCCAAGCCUAAUAAAUUUAGUUUUGUUGAACAUCUUGUUGGACUUUUUACCUUUUAUGCCCAAUUUGAUUAUCAGAAGUAUGUUAUUUGUCCAUAUUUGGGUUCAAUAAUAGAGAAAGAAAAGUUUGCUACCGGAGAAUUACCUUCAGAGCUUACAGCUAUUCUGAGUGAAAGAAAAAAAGAGGCUGUAUCACUUUUCCGCUUUGAUUCUCCAAUGUGCAUGCAGGAUCCAACAGAUCUUUCUGAAAAUUCGACAAAAGCUCUUAGAAAACGUCAACUUAGAUGUUUCAGAGAAUAUUGCUCAUCAAGUGUUGAAAUAAUUAUAUCUGAACAUCAAGACAAAUGUUUAUAAUGCUCUUAUUUUUAAAAUACCAAGACAAAAAUUCAUGAUGUAUUACCUAAAUGCAAUCAUUCUGAUGAUAUCACUUUUAGUGUUCAAAAUGUUUAUGAAACUUUGACUUAAAUUUUUUGGAAAAAAAAUCCAAGGUGCUAUUUUCAUUUCUAAUUACUCACUGAUAUGUAUAAAGUGUAUGCUAACUUAAUAAACAUUUUAAAAUAAUUUAUUAUAAAAAACUAAAUCUCGAUAAUCAUUGAAUUUGCUGAAAGUUAAUCUUAAAAUAAUAAUGUGAGACGAAAAAAAAAUUAAAGUAAUAAAAGUUGUUUAUUUUGAGACUAUAUCUAGUAUACAAUUUUUUUUCUUUAUAAGUAAGUGCCAAUUACGAAUAAUAAUACCUGCAACAGUUCAAAAACUAUUUUUUAAUACUUGGAUGGAUC